CAUGAAAUAGACCUCAUUAUCCACAAUCCAGCGCGCUGUAUUUUUAUCGUUGACUUUAAACACCGAUGACAGCACAGGAUGGAGGCAGUUUUAGCCAAGUAUGAAAACCAGAUCAACGUGUUCUCUGAAUACCUAGAAGACUUGCCUGACACUGAUGAGCCAGUAUGGAUCUUAGGAGAAUGUUACGAUGUUAAAACAGGCAAAUCAGAGCUUCUUUCAGAUGUGCGUUCGCGGCUGUGGUUCACAUACAGGAAAAAGUUCUCCCCUAUAGGAGGAACAGGCCCAUCAUCGGACACAGGCUGGGGCUGCAUGCUGCGCUGUGGGCAGAUGAUACUUGCACAGGCCCUGGUCUGCAGACACUUGGGACGAGAGUGGCGGUGGGUAGCAGAGGGAACUCAGCCAGUGGAGUACCAACGCAUCCUACACUGCUUUCUGGACAGAAAGGAUAGCUGUUAUUCGAUUCACCAGAUGGCUCAGAUGGGGGUGGGCGAGGGGAAGUCUGUUGGAGAAUGGUAUGGUCCAAAUACAGUGGCGCAAGUACUCAAGAAACUUGCGCUGUUUGAUGAUUGGAACUCCUUAGCUGUGUAUGUGUCAAUGGACAACACUGUAGUGAUAGAAGACAUCAAAAAGCAGUGCCAUCAGGCAAAUCAGGAAGCAAAGCCCAGGGCAGGCCCCUGUGCCUGGGGGGAAGUUUACACCUCAGACGAGUCAUUGUCAGGGCAACGGCAGGCUCCGUGCCCCCUCUCUCACUUCCAUGCCACCUCCCAGCAUCCCCUGGACUGGAGGCCCCUGCUUCUGCUUAUUCCUCUCCGCAUGGGCAUCAACGACAUCAACCCCGUCUACAUUCAGGCCCUCAAAGAAUGUUUUAAGAUGCCUCAGUCGUGUGGAGUGCUGGGGGGAAAGCCCAACUUGGCUUAUUACUUCAUUGGAUUUGUAGACGAUGAGCUGAUCUAUCUGGACCCCCACACCACACAGUUAGCUGUGGACUCGGAGACGGGGAGCACUGUGGACGAUCAGAGUUACCAUUGUCAGAGGAACCCUCGGCGCAUGAAGAUCACCAGCCUGGACCCGUCUGUAGCACUGGGCUUCUUCUGCAAGAGUGAGGAGGACUUUGACAGCUGGUGUAAUCUAGUCCAGCAGGAGAUUCUGAAGAAGCGGAACCUGCGGAUGUUUGAGCUGGUGGAGAAGCAUCCCUCUCACUGGCCACCGUUCAUUACCCCGACUAAACCUGAGGUGCAGACCACAGGAGCAGAGUUCAUCGAGUCCACAGACAAGCUGUUCGAGUCGGAGGAGGAGUUUGAGAUCCUAAACGUGUGAGCUCCACCCUCUCCCCCUCCCUCCAUGCAAUCAAUGAAAGAUCAGGAUAGAGGUGGAGCCUCAGGUUUCUGCUCAUCCAUGCUGCACAAGUGCCUCAGAUCAACACCAAGCACAACACAGUUAUCAAUACGCAAAAAACAAACAAACAAACAAAAAGCAACCAGUAAUAAUGAAGCAGGGCUAGGGAAUGACCUCCUGGCCAGCUAAUCCAGAUGGAUGGAAAGUCAGUAUUUACAGCAUCACUGAGCUCAUGCUGUCUCACUUUGGAACGCAAAGAAAAGAAAAACAAUAAGCCACGGAUCACUGUAGCCACUCUGUGUGAUGUUUUUUUAGGCACGUCUGAGAGACUUGUUUUUUUUUAUAACUGUUCAGAGAAUUCUCUGAUUGCAUGAACUUUAUUGUACUGUAUCACAGCAUCUCCCACUGCAAAAUGAAACAGGACCUGGGGGAGGACGGGCAUGGGAAUGAUACUUUCCGUAGAAGUCACGGUUGCAGUUCAUACAUGUAUUACCUCCUGAAUCCAGGAGACAGCAGAUAUGCAGAAAUCUUUUAUACAGUGUUAAAUGAGGAAAAGGACAAAAACCUUAUCUGUGGAAAGUGCCUCUCUCUCUCUCUCUUUGACAUAUUUAUGUUAUACGGAAUGGUUAAGGUCGUUGUUUCCUUUCCUCAUUAACCAAACAGGUUAAAAUAAUUGCACCCUCUACAAACUCCUCUAAAAUUGUGUUCAUGUAAAUAUGCCUGCAAAUAAAGAUAUUUAAACACCCUU